ACGGAAUCUACCAAGAACUCACUCGGAAGAUCAUUAUAUAUCUCUAGAUUCUUGUAUAUGAAUCCAAAUCGGCAUCGUAAGCAUCAAUUUUGUCGAAAAAUGAGUGCAUUUGAUCGAUUUGAAGGUUUCAUUUUAUGAGACGCUGUCUUGUAAUUGAGGAAUUUCUCUAUGUUUGCAUUGGAAUUAGGGUUUUAUUGUUGUUUUGCUAGAUGCGUGUAAAUGCUUGUUAGAGGGGAUCUAGGGUUUUCCUCCCUGGUGUUCCUUGUGGUUGUAGUUGUAGUUUUGCCGGUGAUCGUGUUCAUUGUCCGUCGGAAAUGGCGGCAUUUGGUGGCGAGGAGGGAGGAGGUUAAAUGGCUACUGGCUUCGGCUUCCGAGGAGUCAGCUAGGGUUGAGUUUGAGUUUGAGGCUAGAGAAACGUACUUUUACACUGCCAAUGGUACACCCUCUGCCAGGGCUUCGGUUUCACCUUCCGCUUCAGCUCCGUUGGGUUCACCGCUAAAACCGCAAUACAAGUGUGCUGUUUGCUUUUGUCCCACCACCACGCGUUGUGCCAAGUGCAAAGCCGUUCGUUACUGUUCUGGCAAUUGUCAAAUUAUUCAUUGGAGACAAGGUCACAAAUAUGAGUGCCGUCCUUAUGUUUCUGUGACUCCAAUCAGCGAUGUGGGAGGCAGCUCUUACAGGCAAGGGGAUUGUAAAGAUCGGAGUGAUGACUUUGGUACCGAAGUGAAGCAAACUGCUAUACCAGCUGAGAGAUUCCCAGAAAAUUCACAUCACAAGGAUGAUGUUGGAGUUGAAUCCCUUGCUCAUCGGCAGGGUACAAAUUCUACAUCUGAAUCAAAUCCCCCCUUGUCAUAUGAGGGACAUUCUCUUUUCUCUCCCCCUACAAAAGUUUCUGCGGGCGUUACCUUUGAGAACAGUGAGACGGUGAAACCAGCAUUCCGGACUUUGGUCAGCUCUGCAAGAAAAUCAACUGUCUUAGGGAAGAACAAUAAGAAAAUAUCUACCCUUAGUGAUGAAGAUGCUCAGCUCGGGACUUCAAGUUCAUCCUUUUGGACUGAUGAUGGCUCUAAUCAGUCUUCACUUUCUGAGCCUUCUACGAACUCUUCUGUUGGGACUAUUCAUAAGAGAAAGUCCAAUAUCGAUGAGCAUGAUGAUUGUGCACCAGGCAGUUCUUGUGAGGCUGCAAAUCGUUACAUGGCUAGCCACAGGACAAAAGGUGGUUAUAAUAGUAAUAUUAUGAAUGGAUUUAGUGCCUCCAAAGUCAUAGAUGGAUCUGGUCUAACUGGGUUGGGAAGUAGGAAGUCUAAUGAUGAUAGCAAUUCAUCAAAGGACAAGGUCAAUGAUGGUUCCAAGUCCAGGAGAUCAAUGACCUGGGAUGCCGGUGUUGGCAGUGAUUUGCCACCAUCGAAGUUCAGCGAAUCAAGUCAUCCUCCGUCUGGUGCUUCUUCUCAUCGUGCUUCUGCAGGGUAUUCAACACUUAAAGAUGAUAAAACCGUUGGUGGCUUGCCUUCUUCUGGCCCCGAGAGGUCAAAUGAUCUUUUCAGUAACAAGAACGUGACUUCCCACACAUCUAAAUCUAGGGAACUAGGUUCAUCAUCAUCCAGAGCGUCUGAUACUUAUUUAACAUUUACCAGUAGACAUGCAUCUUAUAGUAUAAAGCCUGUGAAGGUCAACAAUGACAAGCAUAGGGUCACUACUUGUUCAUCCCAGUUGACAGAAAAUUAUCCAAGUGUUAGAAGUGCAUCAAAUACAUCAAAAUUAAAAGUUGUUGAUCAGGUCAAGCCCUCAAAGUUGUCUAGUCAGGGGUCAUUGGAGGGAGGAAGUGAGACAACUCACAGAUACAGUUUCAAGGGUCUCUUCCCAUAUGAAAUGUUUGUCAAGCUGUACAAUUGGAAAAAGUUUGAACUGCAGCCUUUUGGACUAAAAAAUUGUGGAAACAGCUGUUAUGCUAAUGCUGUUCUCCAGUGCUUAAUAUAUACCCCGCCUCUGACUGCUUAUCUUCUCGAAGGGAUUCAUUCCAAAGCAUGUGAUAAGAGAGGAUGGUGCUUGACAUGUGAGUUUGAAGGCCUUGUUAUGAAGGCAAAGAACCGGAACUCUCCACUGUCUCCUAUUCGCAUACUUACCCAUAUUGAAAACAUCGGAAGCAAUCUUGGCCAUGGGAGAGAAGAAGAUGCACAUGAAUUUCUAAGGUAUGUUAUUGAUGCUUUGCAAUCAGUUUGCAUCAAGGAAGCUGGAAAAAAUGCUCUAAACUCUUUAGAAGAAGAAACAACUAUCAUUGGACUUACCUUUGGGGGUUAUUUGCGGUCAAAGAUAAGCUGCAUGAAGUGUGGCGGCAAAUCUGAGCGGCAUGAGAGGAUGAUGGAUCUCACUGUUGAAAUAGAAGGCAAUAUACGAACAUUAGAAGAGGCUUUGGAUAAAUUUACAUGUACUGAGAUUCUGGAUGGUGAAAACAAGUACAAAUGCAGCAGGUGCAAAUCCUAUGAGAAAGCCAAAAAGAAAUUGACAUUGUUGGAGGCUCCGAAUGUGCUUACUAUUGCAUUGAAACGGUUUGAGUCUGGUAAAUUUGGAAAGCUUAACAAAUCAAUUCGCUUCCCAGAUAUUCUAGACAUGGCUCCCUAUGUCAGUGGGACAAGUGAUAAGUCUCCAAUUUACAGACUUUACGGACUGGUGGUUCAUAUAGAUAUGAUGAAUGCUGCGGUCUCUGGUCAUUAUGUUUGCUACGUUAAGAAUGUUCAGAAUCGAUGGUUCAAGUUUGAUGACAGCAUGGUAAAAGAGGUAGAUCUUCAACACGUGUUGACAAAAGGAGCCUACAUGCUUCUAUAUGUGAGGUGCUCCCCACGUGCCCCACGAUCAAUCCGCAACUCGUUAAUCCACGACCACCAUGAUCCGAGGAAACACAGAACGCCACCAUCAUCUGCAGCGAGAUCUCUCUCCACCGAACCUUGGGACAUUCACACUUAUCACCCAACUUCCGAACCACCGGUCCACCACCGGAGUCUGGAGGAGGAAUCCUCCUCCAGCGACAACUCUGGAUUCUUCUCGGAAUCCUGUUCUUGCAGCACAGAGACCAGCGGCAUCGAAGACCAUAUUUCUGGUGACGAUUACUCAAGAAACAUGAACUUGAAUUCAUCAGAUUCCGACACCUCAUCAACCUCUUCCUUCCCGUCCCCGUUGUACUCCAGGCUUUCUCAGUUGUACGCUUCGAGAACAAAUGGUAAGGAAUGUAGAAACUUAGAUUGUAGUUAUAAUAGUGGUAGGGUAACCAACAAGUUGGAUAGAUUAGGAGGGCAGGCUAUUAACCCAAACUCGAAACCAAAAUCAACGACUCGAGGAAAAUCCAACUGAAAAAGAGUAAACAACCAUUCGUUCCUCUGGUUUGUUAAAAAUUCCGACUUCCGUUCCUAUGGUUUGCAAUUCAGUGUUGUUUUUGUUCCCGAGGCCAACUAUGUCAGUAAACCAUAGGGACAAAAACCGUUAUUUUGAAAGCAUAGGGAUGAAAAUAGCAAUUUUCAACAAACUAUAGGGAUGAAAAGUAUAGUUUACCAAAACAGUAAAAAGGUAGAAGGCUCUUUGAAGAGGGUUAAGUAGAGAGAGGGGGAAUAAAGGUUUGAGUGGGUGUAGGUGUAGGUGUAGGUGUAGGUGUAUGUGUAUGUGUAUGUGUAUGU